AUGUUACAUGAUUCAGAUGGAAAUGAAGAACAUACUACAGGUUCAGUGAACGAAAAAGUAGCAGAGAAAAAACCUAAUGAUGGAAUUAAAGACAAAUGCCAAUGUACUAAUGGAUGUUCAGUACGUUCAUGUUCUUGUUUUGAAUCUGGCAGUGGAUGCAAUUCAUCAUGUGGUUGUAGUCCAUCUUGUCAAAAUUUGUUCAAUCACUUGGAUUAUUUUUUUGGAGAAAACCAUCGGCUUUCUGCUCAUUCUUGUUUUGCUAAAUGGCUUAUGAACCAUUCUAAAAAUGCCAAUGGAUUUGAAACAAUCGAUCGUGAUAAAUUACGUAAACGUCUCAUGAAAGCAGCCAAACAGGUAGAAGCAUUCGACGAUGAUGAUCUUCAAGAAUGGUUAGAAGAAUGGAGAACAAUCGAUGAAAGUGAAAAAUUGGCUCAUACACAACAAUUAUUUCGAUUGUUAAUAUCGGAUCAUUCAAGUUCAUUUUAUUAUUCAUUUUGUGACAACGGUGUUUUCGAUGAAGAUUGUCAUUGGCAUUGUGUAAAAUGUCAAAAAUGUGUUGAGUGGCGAUUUUGGCAUUGCAAUCGGUGUAAUAAAUGUACUUAUGGUGUUUCGUCUCCAUGCGAAAGAUGCGGAAGAAUGUGA